AUGGUUAAAAGGAAAAAGGAAAAGAAUGACUUCGUAGAGGCAGUCCAUGAUAUAAGAAAACUAGCCACAGAAAGAAUGGAUUCUAAAUUCAGAAAAAGAUUUCUUGAUAAAGAAGCUCAAAAAUUAGGAGCAAAACAAAAGAAAAAUCCAAAAAUUCCUUAUAACAUUUAUAAAGGAAUUUUAAGAAAAGAAAAAGAAUUGAAAGAAAAUGCUAGAAAUGAUGCACUGCUAAGUAAAGAAAGCAAUUGGUUUAAUCCUGUAGAAAAGAAGAAAAAGAAAAAAGAAAAGAGAAACCCGAUGCCAACAGGUCCGGAGAUUGGAAAAUAUAAAUCCGGGACACUUUAUAUAAAGAAGCCAAAUUUUUUGAAAAAGAACAACAAUUUUGGUCACAAAAAGACAAAAUUCCGUCCAAAAAAUAAGCAUUAA